UCCCCCAUCUCACCGUCGUCGGUCGAAUGAUUAAACGGCGAGAAUGGCAUUUGUGCGUGAAAAUAAAUGAGUUUUUGUGUUAACAAGUGCAUAUUUCUUACGACAACGAAUUCUCUCUGUGACCUUUAGUUCAGUAGCUCAAUUGUAAAACACAAAGUGCAUCAUUAUGUGCUGCUUCCGUGCGUUUUUGUGCAGGAAAUUUUUGAAGUGACCUGUUCAGGGUGGUAUCCCGUGGUUUAGGUUUCGCUGCGUCGUGCAAUAAUGGACAGUCUUCCCGCUAACAUCGUUGGAAUUUAAAAUAUUUGGUUUAAAAACGGAAUGGAUGAAGGUCUGUUGAACGAUCUGCUCGAGUGCUCCGUUUGUCUGGAGCGGCUCGAUACAUCUUCAAGAGUUCUGCCCUGCCAACACACUUUCUGUCUUAAAUGUUUAAAGGUGAUAGUAGAAUCACAUAAAGAACUCCGUUGUCCAGAAUGUCGGAUCCUGGUCGAAACGAAGGUCGAGGACUUGCCUCCGAACGUACUCCUCAUGAGGAUACUCGAGGGUAUGAGGAAUUCAGCGCCGAAGAAGGUGGUCGGCGUCGGACAGCGGAUAAGAGCGGGACAUCUCCAAGUACAGCAGGGAUCUCUCUCAGCACGUGACGGUAAACAGUUACCGCCACACGCCAGAGCCGUGUACGAUUACAUUUCCAAGGAGCCUGGAGAUCUGUCAUUCAAGAAAGGCGAAAUAAUACUCUUGCAGAAGAAACUAGACGCGUUUUGGUAUCAAGGAGAAUGUUCUGGAAGAACUGGAAUGUUUCCAAUCACUUUUGUACAGGUCGUCGUACAGUUGCCGGCGGCGACGGCGCUCUGCAAAGCGCUCUACGACUUCCGAAUGUCAGCCCCCGACGAAGAAGGGUGUCUCGCUUUUGAUAAAGGAGCUAUAAUAACGGUGCACCGUCGCGUCGAUGACAACUGGGCCGAGGGUAGACUAGAGAACAGAGUCGGCAUCUUCCCUAUAGCGUUCGUCGAACUCAACCAGGCGGCCAGGCAGCUUAUAAACUGCGCGCCCCUGAACCGACCCGUGCCGCCGGUCCCGGGACACGCGCGGCCCGGACACUCCGAACACAGACAUCACUCUCAGCAUCCGCAUCGCUAUCAGCCCAUGUCGGUCUCUACACCGGCGACGUCACAGGGCAACUACCAGAACAUGGCAACGAUGACCCAAUCCCACCCCAACUACCCGACAGCGAUGCUGGUCCAACAGCCGCAGACACUGGGCCCACACGCGGGCCUGCUCUCGACGCCGCCGCGGAACAUUCUCGAACAGCAGUCGAAGCACGCGAUAGAUCUGAUACACUUUAGCAACAAGGGCCACGGCGUGCUCGGCCUGCAGAGCGUGUCCCGCAUCGGCGAAGUCAACUACGACAGGACGCGCGUCAAGUUCGACUACAGUUCGACUCCCGCGGACUCGACGUACCAAAACGUGCGCCCCCCCGUCUCCAACAACCCCAGCUCGGACUCCAGUUCCAGUAUGAACACUCCAUCGGUGGGCGUCAGUUCCAACACCACGCCCAACACCAGCUCUGACACGAGCACCUGUGAGAGCAACGAGCCCAGCCUGCCGAGUUCCCCGGACAACAACACCGACCGGACCGCCGCGGUCAACGGGCCCGACCCGGAUCCGGACCGACGCGAACCUUCACUAAACACCUCGAUGGGAAUACUGAGCCUGAACGAGAGUUCCACCGCAACUAACACGUCUCUCAACGUUAGCCUGCCCCCCUCAGAAAGCCCCAAACCGAACGCUUCGAAUGAAGAGGCACAGGAAACGGAAGAAGUUAGACUAGACGCCCCGUCUUCCAGCAAAGUAGUGAUCCGCUCCAGCGGGCCGGACUCCCUGCUGAACUUCGGGCUCGGUCUGCAGGCGGCGCUGUCGCCAUCUCACGGCCAGGAGGGGAACUACGUGGUGUCGAGAUCGCACAGAGAUCCCCACAGGGAGAGGGAGAAAAGACACAGUCUCACGCCCUCGACGCAUUUGCAGGCCAAUCAUAAUACGCCGAAUAGACAUUCAGCGGAGAUAGUGGCGACCAGUCUGCUGGACGCGGCGCCGGUCGGGGGGCCGUGCGGGGGGUUGGGCGGGGGGACGGACGCGCGCGCUCGGCGGCGGCGCCGCUCCCGCAGCAGCGAGCGCCCCCUCCCCGCGCACUACGUAGCGCUGUACCCCUACCACCCGCAGAAACCGGACGAACUCGAACUCACCAAAGGAGUGGUGUACACCGUGACGGAGAGAUGUCGCGACGGCUGGUACAAAGGAUUUUCGGAGCGAAGUCAACGGGCUGGAGUGUUCCCCGGGAACUACGUAGCGCCGCACCGAACCAAGCACGACAAGAGUGUAGUGAGUACGGUGGGGACGGUGCCGAGCUUGAAGGCGAUGACGUCAGGGCCUCCCCCUCCCCCGGACGCCCCGCCGCGGGCCCCCUCUCCCUCCCCGCUGCUCUCUGCGGCACAGCCUUUGACGUACCCUUGGAAUUCGACGACGCUAUGUAUGCAACAAACAACGCCUAGAUCUGAAAAGUCGAGGGACAAAACGAAAGCGGAGAAGUCUUCUAUAUCGAGCGGCGUCAGUCUCAUGAAGCGUUGGGCCGCCAUGAAGAAGUGCAAGUCUCCGCCGCCGGCCGCAGCGUACAGCAUCGACAACCCCGUGUUCGAGGACGGGCCCUCGCGGCUGCUAGACGUGCCGCUGCACCCGCACCACGUCAGGUCGGGGUCGUGCCCCUCGCAGCUGCUGCGCGCGCUCCCCGCCGCCGACAGACGACUCCGCGCCCCCGCCGCACCACUCGCGCACAGAUCUACAAAUGAGAGUCCGUGGCAAACUCAGCACAGGAAAUCGCAAUCUCUCGACGUCACCGCCGCUAGGAAAGACAGACACCAUUCGCAAACCGUGAAAGAAAGAUACCGCUGUAUAGUUCCGUACCCUCCCAACUCGGAGUAUGAGUUAGAAUUGAAAGUGGACGACAUAGUGAUAGUGUCGAAGAAGCGCGGCGACGGCUGGUACAAGGGAACGUUGCAACGCACAGGUCGCACCGGUCUGUUCCCGGCCUCGUUUGUGCAAAGCUGCCCUCACGAAUGACGUACGUACGACAAAUACGCUAGUGUCUUUUAUUAGACACACCACGGGGACAGUCAUGAUAUUUGCCACAACAUGAGAUUAAAAUUUUAUCAACACUUUUGUACUAGGAUUCCGUUGCCUACCGUCAGGUAAAGUCGUGAAUUUGUUGCCGCAUUAAAUAAUAACCGUAUUGUGUUAAGAGGUCAACAAUACAUUGGCGGCUAUGUGCGAAGAACAUGCAAUUUGGCCAUGCUCGACUUAUGUAAAAAUGUCCCGAUUACAACUCGAUUAAAUUUAGUUCUGGCUGUAUGAACUAUUUCCUUUUUGCGUGUCACUUUAGUAGGACAGUCAUAUUAUAUGCCUUUAAAAAAACAUCGAUUCUGUAUUUCAAAAACAAAUUAGAUUAUCAAACUACAGCACGUUUUAUCGAGUUGUAAUCUAAAAACACUAUGUAUAGAUUAUAAAUGUCGGUCGGUGUCAGAAUGUUGGAACUGUCAAUGUCACUUGCCUCCAGCUAAAUUUGAAAAUAGAACAAAAAAAUAAAAGGAAAUGAUUCAAUGUUUUAAUUGAAUUAAAUGUAUAUGAAAAUGUUCAGCAAGUUUUUCAAGUCAAACGAUUGUAUUAAGUUGUAUAAACAACAAUGCAAUGAAUACAGGUGCCCACCUUUUACUAAGUUAGUUUUUUUUUUAAUCUCAAUAGAUUCAUGUAAUUGUUACAUGUAUAAAAUGUAAUAGAAAAAAAAGCCGGGGAUCCCUUUGUUUUAUUAAAAAUGACAAAAUAUUCAAAGACUCAGUAUUAAUUCAGCAUUGUUAAUGAAUUCAAUAAUAUUUUCAAAUAAAAUUAUAAAAACGCAUAUAAAAACAAUGGUUCAAUUAAAUUUCUUAAAAAUUCUACUUUCGGUAAUCCUCCCAAGUCUUAAGAUCAUCAAAUAGGAUCCCCGAGCUUAAAAACAUCUUGUCUUCUCUAUGCGAAGAUUGUAUAUUUUUUAAUUUUCUUUUGUUUAAAAAAAACGAUGCGGGCCAAAUGAAUGAGUCCAGAGAGAAUAUAAUUAAUGAUAAUUAUGACUAUUAAUAGUGUAUUUUUAUAAUUAUUAAUAAAAUCGAGUAUCUAUAAUUAUAAUAUUCGUCUGUAGCGUCUUGUAAUACGAUAUAUUAGCUAAUGAAUUUCCACACUUUUUCUACUAGAAAUAUUUUUCCCAUAGUUUAUGUAAUAAAAAUUAUAUUUAUUCGUCUUUUAAACUCGUUGGUCGGUGUGACAAGCGAGACGGGGCUUGUUUAGUGUUAAAUUAUGAGUCAACUUUCACAAUUUUGUCAUUUAAAUUUCAACUUUGGAAUUAAUAUAGUGACAUAUCUGAUUAUUAUUUUUUAUUAUAUCAACAUUAUCUAGUGAUCAGAUAUAUAAAGUCGCUUGCUCGUUAUCGAUUGUUAAAUACUAGAAUUGAUCGUUUUUUUAUUAACUUUAUGUGUCCGGUAAUGAUAUUUUAUAUGUAAAAAGAAGCAGAUAUGUUUCAAGCG